UCAGUUUUAUAGACAAGAUGACUACAAUAACUUUCACAUUGGGCGUUAGAUUCCUGCAAAUGGUUCUCCUGAUGGUCGCUUGUAUGUCCUUGGCUGAAGGAUUUGUUAUGGAUGGAGCUAAUACGACACUACAGGCACGCGUGCAGGACCUGGAGUCCAUGUUGGUCGGUGUGGACGGCCGUCUUGCUGCACUGGAGGCGUUCCAGUCCGAGUGUGGUUGCAAAGGUAGUGUAGCAGUUCACUCAGCUUUUAUGGCAACAAUGGCGAACAGCUUGGAACAUUGCACAAAGAAUCAGGCCGUCAUCUUCGAGGAUGUCAAGCUAAAUAUCGGAAAUGGCUACGACAACAGACAUGGAAUAUUUAGGGCUUCGGUCGCUGGAUCCUACGCCUUUACCACAACUCUGUCAAGGCCACCAAACUUUUCAUACCACGUUGCCUUUGUCCAGAACGUAGCAACCAAUGAGAUAUCGUACUUGUACGCAGAUCCGAUAAAUAUGUGGGUAGAAAGGUCGACUACCGUGUUAACCCACAUGGCGGCGGGGGACGAGAUAUGGAUGGUCUGCAUUAGCGACUCUCAUAUUACGGGCAAUCUUAACCACUAUGCGGAGGGCGCCGGCGACUUCCAUUCACACAUUUCGGGUUUCCUCGUCGGCGCGGAUUGACACCAUGUCAUAAGUGACCAGGUGCUGGACGCUGGUCUGUUGUCAGUUUAUUUUAGAAUCAGAAAUGUGUGAUUUGUAAGCUAGGACAAAUAGUAA